AUGCGCUCCUCCAGCCCUCUCCCUUCCGCCCUCCUCCUCCCCCUCCUCCCCCUCCUUCCCCUCCUUCCCCUCCUUCCCCUCCUUCCCCUCCUCCGCGUCGCAUCAGCCGCAGCCCAAACAACACAGACACUCGCAACUGGCCUCAUCAUCGAACACACCUCGGGCCCCGUCGUCUGCCAUCGGCCCACGCGAAUACACGACAAACUCUCGAUGCACUACCGGGGGACACUGCAGGCAAAUGGAAAGGAGUUCGAUCAGUCAUACAAGCGUGGCAAGCCCUUUCAGUUCACGCUGGGCGAGCAUGAGGUGAUUGACGGCUGGGACCAGGGACUGCUGGGCAUGUGUCCGGGGCAGAGCAGGAAGUUGACGAUCCCGCCGGCGCUGGGAUAUGGUAGUGCGGAUAUGGCAUCGAUCCCGGCGAACAGUGUGCUGGUGUUUGAGACGAAGCUUAUGGAUAUUGUAAAGGAAGGAAACGGCCCGGUCAGCGAUGCGGAGAAGGAAAUGAUGAAGCUGAAGGGGACAGAGACUGCAGAUGGCAUGUUCAGCAUCGCGACUGCGCCACCGCAGCCGGGAGGAAGUAUGGAAAGCGAGGGCGAAGACGACCAGGGCAUCAUACCAUCACCUCCACCCGAAGGGACACCGCCCGAGCAGACAAAGUGUCAUCUGCUGGGUCCAUUCGCUCUGAUGGUGCAAGGACUGCUGGGUGCGUUCGCACUGUUGACGCUUGUGUACAAGAGAUGGAGAGAAACGCCCAAACGACCGUGGAAGAUCUUCUUCUUCGACGUGAGCAAGCAGGUCUUUGGAUCGAUGCUCACCCACGUCAUCAACCUGGCCAUGAGCGAGCUUGGAAGUGUCGACAUGGCGAAUGCGGCUGCUGCUGUUGCGACCAAGACCAAGGACAAGCAUCCAUCCGAACGCUCGCCGAAUCCGUGUUCAUUCUACCUGCUGAACUUGGGAAUCGAUACAACAAUCGGCGUCCCAGUCCUCUACUUCAUCCUCAAAGCCCUCUACCACCUCUUCCUGCGCACGCCCCUCGCCAACCCCCCAGAAUCCAUCAAAUCCGGCCACUACGGCACCCCCGCUAAAGUCCAAUGGUACCUAAAACAACUCCUAAUCUACUGCAUCGGCCUGACCUUCAUGAAACUCUUCGUCUUCUUCCUGUUCCUCGCCAUGCCCUUCUUGCCCUGGAUCGGCGACUGGGCCCUCCGCUGGACAGAAGGAAACGAAGCACUCCAGAUCGCAUUCGCCCUCUUCCUAUUCCCACUAGCGAUGAAUGCGGUGCAGUACUGGGUCAUCGAUAAUUUCAUCAUGGAUAAGAAUCAGGAUCGGAAACAUGCCGGUGGGUAUAGCCAUGUUGCGGAGGAGGAUGAGGAGGAGAGGGAGAGGAUGAUUGGGGAUGAUGAGACGAUUGUGGAUGAGGAGGCGGUGAGGGGGAAGGGGAGUGAUGAGGAGAGCGGAAGGGGCCAGGCGAUUAAGGAGAUUGAUCCGCUACCGAUACCGAGUUAUCCUGAGAGGAGAGGCGAGGGAAGUCAGAGGACGAGUCCGAAGAGGAGUGAUUGA